AGUGGAUCUGAUGUUGGCAUGGGCGCUGCGUCUCCACCUGCAGCUGGAAGGGUAUCUGUUAGGUAUUUGUGCUGUUUGUUUUGUUGCCCACCAUUCCCAUCGUCAAUCGUAUCGAAACUAGCAUUCAUGCCUCCUGAGUCAAGCUACUCCAUCACAGAAAAUAAUAGGUUACAUCUACUCGAAGGACGUGCAGAAUGGCCGCAUGAUCCAGAACAUCUAAACACGAAUGUGGAAAUGUUCGUUGCUAGAACAAGGAGACGAAAUAAGAUUUCCUGCGUUUACGUGCGACCUGUCCCAAAUGCAUAUUUCACAUUACUAUUCUCACAUGGAAACGCUGUCGAUAUCGGCCAGAUGACAUCAUUUUAUUGGGGACUAGGCCAUCGUCUAGGAUGCAAUGUAUUUAGCUACGAUUACUCUGGUAGAUUUUUAUUUACGAGGCAUUUAAUUUGA